AAAAUAAACAAACCAAUGAAGGUGAACAAACCAAUGAAGGUGAACAAAAUAAUGAAGGUGAACAAAAUAAUGAAGGUGAGCAAAAUAAUGAAGGUGAACAAAAUGGUGGUGAACAAAAGGAUGAAGAAAGUGAUGAAGGAGGACAACUUAGAAAGCACAACAUUCCAGUAGAACAACUUGAAGCUACGCCUUAUCAAGGAGAUAUUAGUGGUUCUGAUGCAAUUGAAAAAGAACAAGAAAAUGAGACUCAAAGGUUGGGUUCUAGGUUUCAGGAUAUUUCCAAAUUUCCUUCUGACUUGACAGAUAAUAGUUUGCCUAGUAUUAAAGAAAUCAUGAACAAAGUUAACAUUGUGCUAUCAAGUGUUUCGGAAAGUCAACAAAUAAGAAAUAAAGUGAUACCAACCUCUUCAAUCAUUGAUCAGAGCGCAGAUACAAAUCAAGAUAUUCUGCCAACUUUUAUAAACGAAGAGGAAUGCACAGGAGAUUUUCAGACAUCUUCAAAUGAUCCUUUCUCUGGAAAAAAAGAAAAAAUGAUACAAAAGGAAAAACAAAUUCUUGAAGAUAGUCAAAUUGAGCAAAAUAAAAUAGAUGAUUCUCAAGUAAUCUCAUCGGAUAUUAAUAUUAUUCAGACUAACAGUUCUAACGAUAAUUGGGAAACAGAUUCUCAAAGUUUACUUUUAAAUAUAGAGCCUUCACAAGAAAAAUACCAAUCAACCGAUAGUAAUUAUAAGCUUACUGAAAAAAUCUUAAAAGAAUUAGAAAACAAUUUUUAG